AUGACCGGCCACCACGGCUGGGGCUACGGCCAGAACGACGGCCCCUCACAGUGGCACAAGCUGUAUCCCAUUGCCCAGGGAGACCGCCAGUCACCAAUCAAUAUUGUGUCCAGCCAGGCUGUGUACUCGCCCAGCCUGAAGCCACUGGAGCUUUCCUAUGAGGCCUGCAUAUCCCUCAGCAUCGCCAACAAUGGCCACUCUGUCCAGGUGGACUUCAAUGACAGCGAUGACCGAACUGUUGUGACUGGGGGGCCCCUGGAUGGGCCGUAUCGGCUCAAGCAGCUCCAUUUCCACUGGGGCAAGAAGCACAGUGUGGGCUCAGAGCACACGGUAGAUGGCAAGUCAUUCCCCAGUGAGCUGCACCUUGUUCAUUGGAACGCCAAGAAGUACAGCACCUUUGGGGAGGCAGCCUCAGCACCUGAUGGCCUGGCUGUGGUCGGUGUCUUCUUGGAGACAGGGGAUGAGCACCCCAGCAUGCACCGUCUGACAGAUGCGCUCUACAUGGUUCGGUUUAAGGGAACCAAAGCCCAGUUCAGCUGCUUCAACCCCGAGUGCCUCCUGCCUGCCAGCCGGCACUACUGGACCUACCCGGGCUCCCUGACGACACCCCCGCUGAGUGAGAGCGUCACCUGGAUCGUGCUCCGGGAACCUAUCAGCAUCUCCGAGAGGCAGAUGGAGAAAUUCCGGAGCCUGCUUUUCACCUCAGAGGACGACGAGAGGAUCCACAUGGUGAACAACUUCCGGCCGCCACAGCCACUGAAGGGUCGUGUGGUCAAGGCCUCUUUCCGGGCCUGA